AUGGUGUACUGCUGGUGGUGGAAACGGCUGGGGAUCGUCCUCUUAAAUGGACUACUGCUGGUGGUGACAACGGCGGGGCGGCUCCGGGGUCGAGCAGGUUUUGCACUUCAUGAUGACGGAGGCUACCGGGUCUGCGCCAGUAAUGUGCGUCCUCCUUUGGCGAACCGAGUCGUUAGAGCUCUGCAUGUGCGGUUUGUCGGUCACCCGGCACUCACGGCCGCGCCGAAACUCGGCCAGGUUCGCGGCCAGCUGGACGGCCGCCUCACCGUGCAGCUUCUCGCCGCGCUGGACCUGAACGGGGAUGCCGAUGGGGCUAAACAGCACACU